UUCGGUGUGGGAUCACCACACUCUACAUUCUUCACUCUGCAAUCUAUCAAAAUUUUCUAUAUAUUUUACCUUUAACGAUCUCUAAAGUUUAUUCACCAAAAUGAAGAUUUUUGAGUGGAUGCAAAACAGAAUCAAUGGGAGCAAUGGAAAAAACAAACGUACUUCAUCGAUUUCAUCUAUCCAUUACACGAAGCAUGAACCUUGCAAACAAGAGUUCAGUGACUGGCCUCAAGCACUCCUUGCAAUUGGAACGUUUGGGAGCAACACCAUGAAAGAAGAUUCGGGUGGAAGGAGUAAAAACACUGUGGAGGAUUCAUCUUCCUUCAAGGAUUGCAAACAAGAGAUCACGCUAGAAGAAGUUGCAAAUCUUCAGAAUGAGUUCUGCAUAUUCUUUAAAGGGCGAGUGGAGCCAAAUUUGGGAGGUGAACAAGAAGAACACACCAAUGAUCUGACCAAGGAUUGUUUGAACAGUGAGCAUUCUGAAGCUAAAGAAAAUGAAUCUCUUUCUGAUGGCUCCAAUGCCAUGCGAGGUAAUUUCUACCCAAGCAAGAGUAUAGUGUUUAGCAGGGGAAAAGAUUAUUGUUUGGAUCAUAGCAGUAAGAGAGGUGUUGGGAAGAAAUCACUCUCUUUUCUUCUUAAGAAGAUGCUUGCUUGCAAAAGUGGUUUUCAACCCACCCCUUUGUUCAAAGAUCCACUUUCCACUGAGUCCAGAAUGGAGAAGAUUUUGAGGGCAAUACUUCACAAAAAGAUAUAUCCCCAAGGUUCAUGUUCAACUACACCGUUCAUAAACAAGUACCUUGAAGCCACACCAAUUUCUCAGUUUGAUGAUGAUGAGGACAAUGAAGAUGGUGAUGAUGAAGAGGAACUCGCUACUGUUUCAGAAAAUGGAAGUAAAUGGGUGAAGACUGAUUCUGAAUAUAUUGUUCUUGAGAUAUGAUUGGUUUGUUUUGCUGUACCUGAACCACUGUGAUUAUGCAUGCUGAAGUCUUCGCAUGGAAGGUAGUAGCAUAAACAGCAUGGAAGAUAUGAAGUAGUGUUCCUACUCUUUUGGAUGUAUGAAUCAUGCCAAGGAAAGCUGACAAACAGGAAGAAGAAUCUGGAAAAGUUCUAUGUUUUUUACAACUUUAAUGUAGUCCAUGAAUGUCACAACAUAAUCCAGUUUCUUAUGGAUGAGAUCUUAACUUCUGUAUUUGUAAUAAAGUGUGAUUAAUUUAACAAUAACAAGCUUUUUUUUCUUAUCUUUU